AUGGCGGACUCGGGCGCAUCCCUCCACGCCGUUCCCUACGAAGAUACGACCCGAUCUGCCUCCGUACCCGGCCCGGGGGACCUGUCCCUGUGUCCCCAAAGUACUCGCACCACCACCGCCUCGUCCAAUGACCCGCCGCAGAAUGGAACCCGAGAUUCGAGGAGCAGGGCGGUGCCGUCCGAGCAUACACGCUCCGUGGUGAGUUUGCGCUCGCUGCGAAGUGUCCCCAGCAUUGUGGUCAACGAUGCGGGAUCGCGGCCCAGCUCUCGUCCGGGGUCGCGUCCGGGGUCUCGACCCGGCUCUCGAUGGUCGGAGCGCAAAUGGGGUGGGCUGAGGAGUCGGAAAUCAGCCGAGCUCGAGAGACAGUCCGACGACUCACCGCCUCCCGUGCCUCAGAUCGAAGCUCCUUUCAAUGGAAUCGCAUUGGAUAUCCCGGCGCCCUCUCUGGACGGACUCGGCCCGCAGUCGAUGAGAUUCUCCAAGCGCGGGAGCUUGAUUACUGAGGAGGAACGGCAGAAACUCCAGCGCCAGAUUCACGAGCAGGAAAUGCGCCAGAAGGAGGGACGACCCUCGACCGAAGUCCGAGGCCCGGAGAAAGAACGCCCGCAGCUGCAGCAGCAGCAGCCACCACCAGAAACGGAACCACCGCCUUUACCUCCCGUUCCGCCGGAGGAAAAUGACUCGGAGCCAGAGAUUUCGGAAAUGCCACCUAGGCGUCCGAAACCCCCUUCGUCACUUCGUGUCCGGCAAAGCGCCAUCGCAAACAGAGCCAUCUCGGCCGAUGAAGACAUGUUGUCCCGUCGCGUCAGGUUGAUGUAUGAGAAGGGAGACGACAAUGUGUCGGACACCGAGGUGGCUAAAUCGCUGGCCAUGGAGAACGGGGUGCUCUGGGAAGAAGCCGGCGCAGCCAGCACGGAUACGUCUCGUCUUUCGGGGCCUAGCAUGUCUGGUGCCGAAACCAGGAGCAUCGUGUCCUCGGUUGGGCCCGAGAAUCCAGCCAACAUCAAGAGAGAGGCCCACGAGCUAGCGGGCGGGAUUGAAUAUUGGCAAGACAUCAAAGCCGGGGAUGUGGACCGAUACGGCUUCAUUCGUUCCCCGACCUCCAAUUCCAACGAGGGCAUCGAGCCCACUCCGAUUCAACGAGUCUCUACCAGUCUACUUCUUGCUUCGACCACUCCACGGCGGAAACUUUCGAUCCGGCCGCCGUCUACAUUGAGCAGUAACCGCGCCCUGAUGAUUACCGGCCGGUCGCCUUCACGGAAGAUCUCGGAGCCAUCCAUUCGUCCGUCAUCGUCGCAGAGCACGUAUAGCGCACCGCUACGACGGUCGACGUCGCGAUUUCGGCAGGCUGCCAAUUUCCUCCCCCACAAUCGCGAUCGCCGAUUCAAAGACGAAGCAGGCGACAUGCUGACGCUUCCCACCGACACGACUCCCAAGGGCAAAGCCGAGACGGCUGCUGCGCGUGCUGCGAGGAAGAAAGAAUGGGAGCGAGAAGACAAGUGGACCAAAAUGGCCAAGCCAGUGCGGCGGGGGACCCAUGGGGGCGGCAUGUCGUUUGAGUUCGACACGCAGAGCUCCAAACUCAUUGAACGCACAUGGAAGGGAAUCCCGGACCGCUGGCGCGCCAGUGCCUGGUACGCCUUUCUCGAGGCGAGCGCCAAAAAACACAGCGACAGCCCCGGGGUAGAGGAACUCAUCGAGGCGUUCAAUGAUUACCAGCUCGUCUCGUCCCCGGACGACGUGCAGAUCGACAUCGACGUCCCGCGAACCAUCACGAGCCACAUCAUGUUUCGCCGUCGGUAUCGCGGUGGGCAGCGGUUGCUGUUCCGGGUGCUGCAUGCCAUGUCUCUCUACUUUCCCGACACGGGCUACGUUCAGGGUAUGGCGGCACUUGCUGCGACGCUCCUUGCUUACUACGACGAGGAGCAUGCGUUCAUCAUGCUUGUGCGGCUAUGGCAAUUGCGCGGAUUGGAACACUUGUACCGGUCGGGAUUCGCGGGUCUCAUGGAGGCACUUGGGGAUUUCGAGCGGGAGUGGUUAGGAAAGGGAGAAGUCGCCGCCAAGUUGGAAGAACUAGGCAUUCCACCAACAGCAUACGGCACCCGAUGGUACCUCACGUUAUUCAAUUAUUCGAUUCCAUUCCCGGCCCAACUCCGCGUGUGGGACGUCUUCAUGCUUCUGGGCGAUGCGGAAGAGCCAAAUGCUCCCCCUGCUCCCCUUGGCAAGGAGCCGAGCCCCGACGACACCACCACGGGGAUCUUUGGAAAGGGGCUGGAUGUCCUCCACGCCAGUUCGGCAGCCCUCAUCGACGGCAUGCGCGAGAUUGUUCUUGAAUCGGACUUCGAGAACGGCAUGAAAGUUCUCACCAGCUGGGUUCCUAUCAAGGACGUGGAGCUCUUCAUGCGCGUCGCGAAAGCAGAAUGGAAGGUCCACCGUCGGAAGAAAACAGCCCAAGGUUGA